CUGGACAAAGUUCCUGUGGGAGGGUCAGCUGGAAGCAUGGGAAAGUUUCUCUGGCUUUUUCCGAUCAGUCAACUCCUUAUAGGGCACACGCAACACCGACCAUCAACCCAGGCGGUUAGAACCAAGCAGAUCUCCGCUUGUCACCACAGCACUUCAGAACAACAAUAACAAAAUCUACUUUACCAGUGAUAGGUGACGGAGGAUGUCCAGAGCUGACUGGAGCUUCCUGGAGCAGCUGCUUGAGGAGGGCCAGGAGAACUCGACCGGCGUGGGCCGCGUGUGGCUGACCGUGCUCUUCCUCUUCCGCAUCCUGGCACUGGGCACGGCCGCCGAGUCGGCCUGGGACGACGAGCAGUCCGCCUUCGUGUGCAACACCAAGCAGCCGGGCUGCGAGGAGGUCUGCUACGACCAGGCCUUCCCCGUCUCCCACUUCCGCUACUUCGUCCUGCAGAUCAUCUUCGUGUCCACGCCGACCAUCUUCUACUUCGGCUACGUGGCCGUGCGCGCCAGGAAGGCGGCCGAGAGGGACGAGCGACGGCAGGCGGCUGCUGAGGAGGAGUCGGAGGAGAGGAAGAAGCAGUUGAGGAGUCGGAGUCAUGGAGCCGGCGCAGAGGGAGGGAAGGCCAAGCUGGAGGUGAUUCAGGAGAAGGACGAGGAGCCCGUGGUGGUGGAGGAGGAGACGGAGAAGAAGGAGGCGCAGGGAGGAAGAGGAGGGGGGAGGCGAGGUGCGGAGAGGCCCAAGCUGAAGGGCCGGCUGCUGGGCGCGUACGCGGUCAGCAUCGCCCUGAAGCUGGCCCUGGAGGUGGGCUUCAUAGUGGGGCUCUGGUCCCUCUACGGCUUCACGGUGCCAGCGCGGUACGAGUGCCGACGCGAGCCCUGCCCGCACACGGUGGACUGCUUCGUGUCGCGACCCACCGAGAAGACCAUCUUCACCAUCUACAUCCAGGCCAUUGCGGCCGUCUCCGUGCUGCUCAACGUCCUGGAGCUCUUGAACCUCCUGCAGAGGGCCAUCACGCAGCGCCUGGAGAAGCGCUACCGCCGCCAGACCCCCUGGCCGGUCCGCGCCACGCGUGAGAUCGCCCGGGCGCCCUCGCACCUGGAGACCAGCAGCGAGACCACUCUAGCGCCGGCCUACGAGGAGAGGGGGCAUCAGUACCUGCCCGGCAUCGACGCGGAGGCACCACAGGCUGACCAGAGCUGGGCGCUGGAGGUGGGCACUGGGGAGACGGUGCCGGGGCUGGCGUCCGACCUGCUGCCCAGCUACCUCAACUGCAUCAGCGGCAUGAGGCCCCUGGCCAGCGGCGGGCACCACCACAGACUCCAGCAGCACCAGCAGAUGCACAAGCAGAGCAAGCGCAAUAAGCACGGCCACCACAAGGGCGGCGAUCCCAAGCACAGGCAUUAUGUGUGAGGCCCAGGGUGGGGUAGAUGCUGAUAUGAUGGAAUGUCUUUAGGGAACAGGCAGGGGGGAACAGCAUACACACACACACACACACACACACAUGGAUAAACAUGGGAAUACUCACAUACUUGCACGUAUGCAUAUAUUCUCACACUCUUACACACAUGUAAAUAUAUUGACAUAUGCACAUGUACACACACACACACACACACACACACACGUCCCCCGGGGUUCUGUGGAUUACAGUAAAAGUGGAGCCAUUUCCCUUGUUUGGAUGGAUACUUGUGUGAUGUCUUUUCCCCUCUGAACUUAAUUACGCCCGAGGGACAGGAGCCAAAAAAGGCCAGUCCUCUUUCCCAGCAAGCACUGGGGCCCUGGCGUCUGAGAGAGAGACACUGGAGGACCCUGAUCUGAUCUGAUCUGAUCUGAGCUGAGCUGAGCUGGACUGGACUGGACUGGACUUGACUGGACUGGACUUGACUGGUCGAGGGGACACAUAAGGACUCUAUCAGCGGCGUUCAGAAAGCAGAUGUGUUGUGGUGACACUUUAGGGAAUAGUUUGAUCUAAGAACAGCUUUAGGGUGAAUGAUAUUUUGAGAGCCGAGUCAAUGGCUCAAAGUAGUGAUUUAUUUUGACGUAGUGAGUUGCCCACAAGGUUAUUGCUGUAUGCUUUUUCCUUGCAAAUCCAUAUGCGGCUCUAACUCAAAACUACUCCAAUUAAGGUCAUUUUGUGCCCUUAACGAAAUAUUACACUCAUUAUCAUCCCAAAAAUAGAUAGGUUGUUAUCAUCCCAAAAUAGAUAGGUUGUUUUCUUGGACCGAACUAUUCCUUUAAGGACGUUAUGAGCGUGCUCAGAAAGCAGCUGAGUCGCUCAGUCUAUGGGGACUCGUGACACGACCACAGCAGCGGUACAGAGAGGCUUACACUGUGAGGACAGUAAUGGGAGCAGGCUGCACUUAUGACACUUAUGAGAUAAAUAUAUUUAACAAAGAUAUAAUUUAAAUUUGUAUGCUGUUUAUAUUUAUAUUUAUUCUAUGAUGAAGCUAGAUGUGAAAACAAAACUUUAUAAUAAAGUUUUUUAAUGCCUUAAAUGACUU